CUGAUGCAGUCGGAGGGAGGCGGAGCUCCCAGCGUCCAGGGAGGCGGAGCUCCCAGCGUCCAGGGAGGCGGAGCUCCCAGCGUCCAGGGAGGCGGAGCUCCCAGCGUCCAGGGAGGCGGAGCUCCCAGCGUUCUCUGUCAGGGAGGCGGAGCUCCCAGCGUCCAGGGAGGCGGAGCUCCCAGCGUUCUCUCUCAGGGAGGCGGAGCUCCCAGCGUUCAGGGAGGCGGAGCUCCCAGCGUCCAGGGAGGCGGAGCUCCCAGCGUUCUGCUGGUCGAGGCGUUUUACGGCGGCUCUCACAAACAGCUGAUCGACCUGCUGCAGUCUCACCUGAUUGGCUGCUCGGCCGUCACGCUGCCCGCCAAGAAAUGGCACUGGAGGGCGAGAACAGCGGCGCUGACCCUCAGCCAGACCAUCCCCACCUGCCCCUCCUACAGGGUCUUGUUCUGCAGCUCUGUUCUGAAUCUGUGUGAACUCGCUGCUCUCAGACCGGAUCUGACUCGUCUGAAGAAGGUUUUGUAUUUCCACGAGAACCAGCUGGUCUACCCGGUCCGCAAAGACCAGCAGCGGGACUUCCAGUACGGAUACAACCAGGUGCUCUCAUGCCUGGUAGCCGAUGUGGUCGUCUUCAACUCGGCCUUCAACAUGAACUCCUUCCUGUCCUCCAUCUCCUCCUUCAUGAAGAAGAUCCCAGACCACCGGCCCAGAGACCUGGACCAGCUGAUCCGGCCCAAGUGUGUGGUCCUGUACUACCCGGUCCAGUUCCCGGAUGUCAGCAGGGAGCAUGAUAAAAACCCGGAGCUGUUUUUUUCUUCUCUGCUGAAACUGAAAGAAAAAGGACUCAAGUUUCAUCUGUCGGUGCUGGGAGAGACUUUCACUGAUGUACCAGAGGUGUUCUCGGAGGCUCGCCGCCAGCUGGACGCUCACAUCCUGAACUGGGGCUUCCUGUCUGAGAAGAGCAGCUUCCUGUCGGCGCUGUGCGACGCAGACGUGGUCGUCUCCACCGCCAAGCACGAGUUCUUCGGGGUCGCCAUGUUGGAGGCGGUGCACUGUGGAUGUUUCCCGCUCUGUCCCAACGCUCUGGUCUACCCUGAGAUCUUCCCGGCAGAGUACCUGUACUCCACUCCUGAGCAGCUCUGUAAGAAGCUGCAGCGACUCUGCAGGAGGCCCGACAUCGCCCGCAGACACGUCGUCAAGGUCGACACGUCCUCGUUCUCCUGGGACACCCUGAAGCCUCGCUACCAAGCUCUGCUGUCCGACGGUCAUUGAACGCAGCGCUACCAAGCUCUGCUGUCUGACGGUCCCUGAACGCAGCGCUACCAAGCUCUGCUGUCCGACGGUCCCUGAACGCAGC